AGAAAAGGAGGCAAGAGGUGUUAGUCUGUGGAUAUCCAAAAAGCAGCCCCUCAACUCUGUUUUUAAGCCAAUACAAAGCAGUGGAAAGAUUUUUGCCCGUCAAAGAUGAAGCUUGACCACUUGCAUAAUUUCCCAACGUCUGAGGCGACUAGAAGUUACUCUUUCACCUGCAGUGACGGAACACGAUGUGUUGCAUGGAGAAGAUAUGAUGGAACCUUCUACACAACCCAAGAACCUGAAGUGACUGCAGAUCCACUGACCACCGCAGUCACAAGUGGCUCAGUGGACACACUGCUGGAGCUGCUGCAGACCAGACAGCAUCUUAGAGAGGAGAGUAUUCAGGGAUAUCGCCCAGUGCACUUGGCAGCCAUCCACGGGCAGGAGGAAUGCCUUAGGAUCUUGCUGACAGUCCAGCCAGAGGUCAUCGAUCAGUGUGACAAACAGGAGAAAACACCACUCUUUCUGGCUGUGGAGAAUGACCACAUGGCCUGUGUGGAAUAUCUUCUGGAGAAAGGAGCUGACAUCAACAUAGGCAAUAAAGACAGAGAAACUGCUCUACACAAAGCUUGUGAGCAGGAGAACGCAGACGUGGUGGAGCUGUUGUUGACCUACGGCGCCGGGGUGAACUGGGCCUGCUGCCGAGGCUGGACGCCUGUUCACGAGGCGGUGUGCCGCAACAAUGUGGAGAUCUGUGGAAUGCUUCUGAGGGCUGGGGCCAAUCUGAACCAGAGGAACAGCUAUGGCAUCACGCCUUUCUUUCUAGCAGCACAGACCGGCAGUCAAGAGGUCUUGACUUUCCUCAUGAACAAUGGUGCUGAUGUGAACUUCCAAAUGAGCGAUGGAGCCACUGCUCUGUUUGAGGCCUCCAAAAAUGGCCAUGGCAGCGUGGUGAAGCUGCUUCUCGCUCGCAAAGCUGAUGCCAACAAGUCCACCAAAACACAGCUGCUGCCCCUACAUGUCGCAACCCAGCAUGGACACCUGGAGGUAGUGAGCAUGCUGCUUCCGGUCACCAGUGAGGAGAGAAUCAGACAGAGUGGCAUCAGCCCUCUUCACCUGGCAGCCCAGUACAACGAGGACGAGGUCCUGGAGGUCCUCCUUCAGGCUGGAUAUGAUGCCAAUGCCCCGCUCUCUCCAGACCGCUCGUCCAUGUACCAGGACCGUCGGACCACGGCUCUGUACUUUGCGGUCGCUAACGGCAACUUGGAUGCAGCUGAGAUGCUGUUGGAAGCCGGUGCCAAUACAAACCAAGACACGUUCAACCCCCUUCUGGUGGCCGUGAGGCAGGGGAACAUCCAGAUGGUGCGAUUGCUUGUGGAGCACGGGGCCGACGUCAAUGCCCGGAUGCCUAACUGUCAGCUAGCAUUCCCUGCCGUGGUGCUGCUGUGCGUGAGAUACCCAGCCAUGCUGAAGCUCCUGCUGGAUCACGGCUGCGAUGCCCAGGCCUGCUUUCAGUGCCAGUGUGACUCUAAUUCACACCCACCUGCCAAAGGGCUCCGCAAAGACGACCUUGGGCUCCAGAGGGAGGGGCCCUGCAUGCAGUUCUGUGAGAUGAUCUCUGCUCCCUCAGUCUGCGGCUGGGCAGGUCCCAUCAUUGACCUCCUCCAGGACUACGUGGGAUACGUGAAGCUCUGUUCCAGACUCAAACAACUGCUAGACAGCCGCCAGGACUGGGUUGGAGUAAAGGAAAGGGCUAAGAACCCUCCAUCCCUCAGGCAUCUGUGUCGGCAGCAGAUCCGCCAGGAGGCUGGUCUUCAGAGGCUGCUGCUCCUCCGCACGCUCCCUCUUCCCAGAAGACUAAUCAGAUACCUCCACUAUGAUGAAUGAGCCGGCCUCCCUCAUCCCACCUGUCAGAGUGGAUCAUUAUUAAACACCUGACAUGAUGGGCACAGUCCCACUAGGAGAGAUGAACAAUAACAGAGACUUAAACCUUUAAUGAAGAGCCUGAGCCUGUGUGCCUAUGAGUUUGUAGUAGUACACAAAUCUCAAUAAUAUAAGUGCAUGUGCAUAAUGUUGAUAAAUCUGACUGUUGCAUCAC